AACACUUGUCAUAAUCUGAAGGUCGACUCAACCACGAAUGAACCAGCAGAAGAGUCAAGCAGACCGGAAGCAGAGCGAGUGCUCACGUAUUCCCGACGUGUGCCUAUCAGAGAAUGGCACUGCUCUGCCGAAGCAGGUUGCAAUACUUGCCGCUUGAUAUGGGACAUCGUAACACAUGUCGACGAAAAGCUGGUCUUAGAGUUGACACAGUCACAUAUUGAGGGUGAAGAGCAGGCAUACAUUUGGGUGGAGGGCAUGCUUGGACAGACGUUGACUUUGAUGCUGGAUGAUAUGCCGCCUGGGAAGUACUUCCCAAUUUUGGAACUUUUUCCUGAAAAGAGUAUUCCGGAGUAUCCCAUCAUUGGCCGCGCAGAGGAAGUAAGGGAGCAGCUUGGUAUUCAGAGCUGCCUUGACCUUUCCCGUCGCUGGAUUGAGAAAUGCAGAGAGGAGCAUCCAGAAUGCGAAGCUGAGCAUUCCGACGAGUUACCUACCCGCGUCCUUGACCUUGGAGACUGUCACGGUCCCGUGAACUUGCGACUGCAUGAGCCAACUCCUGGCGAGGGCGCGAAAUACGUUGCCCUGAGCUAUUGCUGGGGCAAGACAGGAAACUUGACAACGACAAAAGCGACAAUCUCAGAUAGAAAACGUGGCAUAUCCUGGGACCUCUUACCAAACUCAUUCCGAGAUGCUGUCACAAUUACAAGGGGUCUAGGCAUGCGGUACUUGUGGAUAGAUGCGCUCUGUAUCGUUCAAGACGACAAGUCAGAUUGGGAGAGAGAAGCUCUAAAGAUGGGACAAGUGUACGAGAACGCCUUUCUCACCAUCGCCACGGAUGCCGCUAAGGAUCCUACAAGAGGUAUAUUGAGAUCUAGGAGCACAGAUCUGGUAUCUGCAUUCAUCGAGGAAGACCGCCCCACGAGGAAUUCCAAAGUUAUGGCUUUUACUCUCCUCGACUCGCAAGCUGAUGUACACAACAUUCGCGUACGAGAGCCUCUAGACCACCACGACCUGGUCAUGCCAAGAAGCGCCUACGAGAUCACGUAUCCUCUCAUGGCACGUGGUUGGACGCUGCAGGAGCGUCUUCUUUCACGCCGCACUCUUCACUUCACAGAAUCUGAAUUCGUUUGGGAAUGCAAAACGACUUUGUUCUGCGAGUGCGGAUGCAUCUCACGCGACUUCAUAGGACUCGAUGGAAACCACAGUCCCAAGGUCGGCUUCGAACGAGCCAUGAAAGAAAUAUCCAUUGAGAGCGCGUCUAGGCUGGACCAGGCCAUGGCACAAUAUCCACGGACCAAAGCAAUAACAAUGGCAUGGACGCUGCUCAUCGGUGGCUAUAGUACUCGUCAGCUGACCUACUCUUCUGACAAGCUUCCAGCCAUAUCUGGUAUGGCGAGAAAAUUUUCCCGCAUGAAUAACUCUCCCGAACAACGCACAUACCUCGCUGGGCUUUGGUUAGAGGACCUACCAUGGCUGCUAUGCUGGCGCGCGUUCCAAUUUAGAUCCGACGAGCUCACAACCGUCUCCUCGGCACCCACAUGGUCCUGGGCUUCUCUAGAUACGCCGGUGAUCUGGGAUCACGAUAUGUUUGAGGCCAGAAGCCAAGUGGAGGUUGUAAGCACAUAUACCAGCCCUCACAGGCAAGAUUUUCUAGGUCAAGUCAAGAGUGGGAAGAUCGUAUUGAAGGGACGGGUUCAAAAGGCAACGCUCAAAUUUGACGUAUCUCAUAGCACUGUCUUAGGACUCCAAAAUAUACUAGGGGAAAGGAUCUCUUUUGUGCCGGAUUGUAAUACAGUAAGCCCCUUAUCUGAUGGCGACAACAAAGGCCGAUCGGACAUGCUACAGCUAGGGGCAUUCUCGCUCACUGAUGGAGACGAGGUAUCUUGUCUAUGGGUUCUGCAUAACAUAGAAAACGAUGGAUUGUGGGGUUUGGUUUUGGCAUCUUCGCCAGACAAGUCUAUAUCACGCUCGGCAUCUGGGUGUACAGUAUCUGAUUCUACAGUAUUUGAGCGGAUUGGGAUAAUUACCCACAUGUCAUAUAAAUACCAGGAGGACGAAGUGUCUUCUAUCCAUUGGUUUAACGGAUCUAAAGAGAAGAUAAUAACGAUUAUUGUCAGAUAA